AUGAAGGAAGCGGAGCCAGAAGAAUUCCUGGAUUCUUUCCCCAGCCUCCGAGGGGAAAAGCUGUUCUUUGGCAACGGGACCAACGAGUCCCUGCAGGAGCUUUGGAGAAGCUUCCUCAACCUGGAGGUAGCCGAUGGACUGCAAGGGGGCACUUCUGUGGUCCUGCGGAUCUUCAUCUCCAUCAUCUACUCGGUGGUAUGUGCCCUUGGCCUGGUUGGCAACAUGCUGGUGCUCUACCUGAUGAAGAGCAAGUGGAGAAAGUCCUCCAUCAACCUCUUUGUGACCUGUUUGGCGGUGACCGAUUUCCAGUUUGUGCUGACGUUGCCCUUCUGGGCUGUGGAGAAUGCUCUGGACUUCACCUGGCUCUUUGGCAAAGCCAUGUGCAAGAUCCUCUCCUACAUGACUGCCAUGAACAUGUACGCCAGUGUCUUCUUCCUGACUGCCAUGAGCGUCGCCCGCUAUCAAGCAGUAGCCUCAGCCCUGAAAACCCGGCGGCAAGGAGGGCUCUUGGGGGGCUGCUCUUCGGCCAGAUGGCUCUGUGUCCUUAUAUGGCUCUUGGCCAUUCUCGCCUCUCUACCCAACGGCAUCUUCUCCACCACUUCCACCAUCUUCAGUGAAGAAUUCUGCCUUGUCAGGAUCCCUGAUAGCCAAGGCAACAACACACAAUUCUGGCUAGGACUGUACCAUGCCCAGAAGGUGCUUCUGGGUUUUGUGUUGCCGUUGGGCGUCAUCACCCUUUGUUACCUCUUGCUGGUGCGCUUCAUCAGCGACCGGCACGUGGGUGCCAGCUCCCACGGCCCCAGUACGAAGCGCCGUUCCAAGGUGACCAAGUCGGUUACCAUUGUGGUGCUGUCCUUCUUCCUUUGCUGGCUGCCCAACCAGGCACUGACCACCUGGGGCAUCCUCAUCAAGCUCAACCUGCUGCACUUCAGCCCUGGGUACUUCCUCUCCCAGGCGUACCUGUUCCCCAUCACCGUGUGCCUGGCACACUCCAACAGCUGUCUCAACCCCAUCUUCUACUGUCUCAUGCGCAGGGAGUUCCGCAAAGCCCUCAAGAAACUGCUGUGGCGGAUCGCAUCUCCCUCCGUCGCCACCAUGCGCCCCUUCACCGCCACCACCAAGCCUGAGCAGGAGGAGCAGGCGCUGCAUGCCCUGAUGCCCGUGAACCCUGUCGGGGGUCCUGCCGCCGCCACUCCUCCCAGUGCAGCAGUAACCCUGCCUGACAUCCUCUCCUAUCCCCCCGGGGUGGUUGUGUACAGCAGCUUGCCCACCAGCACCUCCGCAGAGCUGCACUGCUAA